AUGGCAACACUAGAUAUAAGGCCGGAUCCCUUUCCAGCUCGGAGCAAGACAGCUUCCGGACUGGUCAAUGGCGUUCCGACCGAGGUGGCGCUACUGGAGUUCUCCGACAAGAUCCUCAUCACAAUAAGCCAGGAAGGCCGACUGGCACAAUGGAUCCAAGUCCCCAUGAUGGGAACCACAGCAGGCAUCGUGGACAUGGCCCUGCCAAGCACCAACCACGGCCUGCUCCCGUCCACCCACCUCGCCCCCAAGACGCUGCUGGGCGGAGGCGGCGACGAGAGAGAGACGCUGGGGCAGCUGUACGCCUCGCAGAUUGCCAGCCACAUCUCCCUGAAGUCUCCGGAGGAGAGGCGCACGCUGGUGUUUGGAUUUGGGCUCGCAAAGGCGGAGAAGGAGCAGGAGGCGUUUUUCGAUCUCUUUGAGCUGGCUCUCAAAGUGCUGUGA